GACCUUAACGCCAAGGACAGGUAUGGCUCCACACCCCUCCACUUGGCUGUUAUGCAGGGCAGUGCUGAGUGUGUGUCUGCCCUCAUACCCUCCAGUGACCUUAAUGCCCAGGAUGAGAAUGGCCGCACACCCCUCCACUUGGCUGCGGAGGAAGGGCAUCUGAAGGUGGUCCGGCGGCUGACGAAGAAGGACGUGAAGGCCCUCACCAUCAGGGACAAAAGAGGAAAAACCCCUCUGGACGUGGCCACGAUGCGCGGCAACACUGAGGUGGAGGAAUGGCUGGGGAACAGGAGCGGCGCGGUGCACCUGGACGCCGCCCGCUGCCUGCACCUCAUGACACUGUUGCCGGAGCUCAUACGCAGCGUAAUGGAAGGAGACGAGGGCAGGGCCACGGUGCUCCUCGCCAGGGGAGGAGACCCCAAGGUGACCGUCCCCUCUAACAGACGUGGGUCGUGGUGCCUGGUGGCCCUGGCUGCCUUGUGGGGCCGCGGCCACCUCCUGCCCUGCCUGCUGGGGGCGGGGCUCAGCGUGGAGGGCCGCGGCAGCGACGACCGAACACCACUGAUGCUGGCUGCCUGGCAGGGCCACACGAGAACGGUGCAGGACCUGCUGACCCUUGGCGCAGACCCGCUGGCUGCAGAUAAAGCAGGAAGGACGGCCCUCCUCUUGGCUGCUGAGCGGGGCAGUGCUGAGUGUGUGUCUGCCCUCAUACCCUCCAGUGACCUUAACGCCAAGGACAAGGAUGGCCGCACACCCCUCCACUUGGCUGCUGAGCGGGGCAGUGCUGAGUGUGUGUCUGCCCUCAUACCCUCCAGUGACCUUAACGCCAAGGACGAGGAUGGCCGCACACCCCUCCACUUGGCUGCUGUGGGGGGCAGUGCUGAGUGUGUGUCUGGCCUCAUACCCUCCAGUGACCUUAACGCCAAGGACAAGCAUGGCGCACACCCUCCACUUGGCUGCUGA